AUGAAAUGCAGAAAUGAAACCGCUCAUCCAUUUUAGUAUUCUCAGAUGUGAUUAGAUGUACUUUCUCAUGUUUUUAUGCCACUGACUUAUAAGAAAAAACUUUAAAAAGGGUAACAGUUAAGCAGCUAGGACCUGCAACAUCAGUGCUUCUGGGAUGAACUGGAACAUCACAAGGAGAAAUUUUAUGACACUGUAAUCAUACCUCAGCUGGGUCUUCAGCUUAGAGUCACACACAUUUCCUUUCUCAGCAGUUGUCACCAGACACUUCUAGGAUGGCGGACAGUCUACCCACAGACUUCGAUGUGGUUAUAAUAGGGACAGGUUUGCCUGAAUCUAUCCUUGCAGCUGCGUGUUCAAGAAGUGGUCAGAGGGUCCUGCAUAUUGAUUCAAGAAGUUACUAUGGAGGAAACUGGGCUAGUUUCAGCUUUUCAGGAUUACUAUCCUGGUUGAAGGAGUAUCAGCAAAACAAUGAUGUUGCAGAGGAAAGUACUGCUGCAUGGCAAGAGCUCAUCCAGGAAACAGAAGAAGCCAUCACUCUUCGCAAGAAGGAUGCAACCAUUCAACACGUGGAAGUUUUCUGUUAUGCCAGUCAAAAUAUGGAGGAGAAUGUUGAAGAGAUCGGUGCUCUGCAGAAAAAUCCUUCCUCAGUGGCAUCUAAUACCUGUCCUGAAUUUCUGGAUUCUGCAUGCUUGCCUGAUGAAAAACACUCACCAUAUAUUACUGGCCAUGAAGUGUCUGCCGAACACCCUCAGAAAAGUGAUACAGAAGUUCCACUAGAAGUAACUGGUGAAGAGGAAUCCCUAGAGGAAGAAAAGUCCAGUGGAGCUGAAACUUGUGUACCUACUGUUUCAGGUGGGGAUAAAGAGGAAAACAAACCUACGGUAGAAGACAGUACUGAUCAGCCAAAGAGAAAUAGAAUUACUUACUCUCAAAUAGUUAAAGAAGGCAGGAGGUUUAAUAUUGAUUUGGUAUCAAAGCUGCUGUAUUCUCAAGGAUUGCUAAUUGAUCUUUUGAUCAAGUCAAAUGUUAGUCGUUAUGCAGAAUUUAAAAAUGUCACUAGGAUUCUUGCAUUUCGAGAAGGAAAGGUAGAACAGGUGCCUUGUUCCCGAGCAGAUGUCUUUAAUAGCAAAGAACUCACCAUGGUUGAAAAGAGGAUGCUAAUGAAAUUUCUCACAUUUUGUUUAGACUAUGAACACCAUCCUGAUGAGUACCAAGCUUUUGAGCAAUGUCUGUUUUCAGAGUACUUAAAGACUAAAAAAUUAACUCCCAACCUCCAACAUUUUAUAUUGCACUCAAUUGCAAUGACAUCAGAAUCAUCUUGCACUACAAUAGAUGGCCUUAAAGCAACUAAAAACUUCCUUCAGUGUCUUGGACGAUUUGGUAACACUCCCUUUUUAUUUCCCUUGUAUGGUCAAGGAGAAAUUCCCCAGUGUUUCUGCAGGAUGUGUGCAGUUUUUGGUGGAAUUUAUUGUCUUCGCCAUAAAGUACAGUGCUUUGUAGUUGACAAAGAAUCAGGAAGAUGCAAAGCAAUUAUAGAUCACUUUGGUCAAAGAAUAAAUGCCAAAUAUUUUAUUGUAGAGGAUAGCUACCUUUCUGAGGACACGUGCUCUGAUGUGCAGUAUAAGCAGAUCUCUAGGGCAGUGCUCAUUACAGAUCAGUCUGUGCUAAAGGCAGAUUCGGAUCAGCAGAUUUCCAUUUUGAUAGUGCCUCCAGCAGAACCAGGAAACUGUGCUGUUCGGGUCGCAGAAUUAUGUUCUUCAACCAUGACGUGCAUGAAAGACACCUAUCUGGUACAUCUGACAUGUUCAUCUUCUAAAACAGCAAGAGAAGACUUAGAAUCGGUGGUGAAGACAUUAUUCACCCCAUAUGCUGAAACAGAAAUAGACAAGGAAGAACUUACAAAGCCGAGGGUUUUAUGGGCUCUUUAUUUCAAUAUGAGAGAUUCCUCAGGAAUCAGCAGAAGCUCAUAUAAUGGGUUACCUUCCAAUGUUUAUGUCUGCUCUGGGCCUGAUGGUGGACUGGGAAAUGAGCAUGCAGUUAAGCAAGCUGAAACACUUUUCCACGAGCUCUUUCCAAGUGAGGAAUUCUGCCCCCCACCUCCAAACCCAGAGGACAUUAUCUUCGAUGGUGAUGAUAAGCAGUCAGAUACUCCUGGGACCAGUAAUGUAGUAAAGGCCAAAGCAGAAUCCUCUGAGGAAAGCGAAAACCUGGAAAGCUCAGAGAAGCACCUUCAAAAUUAGAAAAGAACAAACUGGAACCACUUGCUACUUUGGGCCUUCAUCCUGGCAUCUGGAUUUUCUCAUUUAAAGGACAAUUUCCCACAUAAGCAAAUAGAAGUGGUUGUACGAUGAAUUCUGUGCAGAUGCUGUCUUUAGCUCUCUUUUGAGACAUCCAGUGUUAGAUGUCUUUGCUAACCUAUCAGUGACUGAUGUGUUGGUUAUUGGACACUUUGUUUCAAAAUGGGCUCCAUGAUCCAGAAUCUUAAAACGGAAUUAGCUUUAUUUUAGUAUUAGACAUCAUAUAUGUGUGAGAGUUCUAUAUUAGCACCUUUGCUUAAAGAAAGAUAAUAUUGUAUCUGCUAAUGAUCUUCUGAUUUUGUUGUCUCCAGAGCAAUUAAUAAUAUCUAAGGAAUAUUAAUUACUUUUGCCUCUAUUAUAGUUGCUACCACCUCUGAGGAGUGAAACACACAUAAACUCUUGAUCUUUUAUAUAAAAUAUUAACAUGUAGACGUGGUGGUAGGAAUAGCAAAUAGUCCAAGUGCCAAUAUGGUACUGUACAUUUAUAGAUUAAAAGCUUGUUAAGAGGUUAACUUUGCAUGAUCCCUUAUUCUUUGUGAAAGUCUGAUGUUUCUAACACAUUUUGCAGUUUAAUUUACCUACUUGACCCCUAUAACUGAAGAGGCAGUGACGCCACCACAGUCUUGCACUUUACAAAAAGAGUUGGAGUUCAGUUAGUCAUUAAAAAUCUCACUUAGGGGUGCUUGCUUUGACAGCACGUGUACUAAAAUUGGAAUGAUACAGAGAAGAUUAGUAUGGCCCUUGCGCAAGGAUGACACGCAAAUUCAUGAAGUAGUCCAUAUUUUUGUUCCCCAAAGAAAAUCCAAGGGAUAAGAUUAGAUCUGUAUUAAUACUUCAGAAAAUCUCUGCAGAGCCCUGCUCUGGCUCCUAAAAGGAAAGAACUUCUAGGAGUAACUCAGGCCAAAGGAAAAAUAAAGUGUCCCAGGGAAAGAUACUUCAGAAUGACUGUCUUCCUAAGGAGAAACUGAGUGAGGUUUUUUAAAUCUCAGAUUACAGAGGGUUUGAAAACCCUCUGUAAAUAGAUUACCCGGGCACCCGGGUCUCUCAGGGUGAAACAUACUUGUUUGGCUCUCCUACUUUAGUUAGUGACAUUAAACUACAACUGAUAAACAUGAAUCAAAAGAGAAUUUACAUGACCCUUUGGUUGUGUCCCACCGCAGAAAUACAGGUAACAACCUUAUCACUUCUGCCUCUUGGUUGAUAUUUAGAGGAUAGAAACCUUUCUCCCAGAACCACCAGAAGUUGUGAAACUGGUUGUACUUUAAUGGUGAAAAUCUGGGGAGCUAUGAGAAGUGGUGAACUUCCUUUGGCCUUGUUUCUAUUUUCAGAAAGUGAUGAAGCCCUUUAUGACAGCAUUUGCCCUGGAGCAUGGCAUUUAUAAUGUGCCCUUCAUAUCGUGCAAUUUCUCAGUGGUCUUCUGAGGCAGAUAGUUUAGCGUGCACCUCAAAGAGGGAAUAGAGAAGUGUUAAUGAUUUGCUCAGAGUCUGGUGUGUUGAGAGAGCCAAUGUUGGAACCUAGGCUUCUGUGAUUCUAGAACUCUUGAUUUUUCACCUGAGGUUCACUGUGAAGAGUAGAGUAGGGACUGGGAGAAGGGAAAGGUGCCCAUAGAAAUCAGUCUGGCAUUGCUGGGGAAGAAAAGCAGACACUGGUAUUGGUAUUGAAUUGGAGAAAUGUGAAGAUUAAAAUUAAUCAAAAUAAAUUAUUUUAGAGCAUGGAUCACAUUGAAGCACAAUUUAACAAAGUAAUGCUUUUCAAUAAUGUCUUUUGAUUUGAAGAUUGAGUUAUUAAAAAAUACAAUUUUUUGAUGCCAAACUGUGUUCUCAGUAUACUCGUUGCUCUUCUGAAAAUGAGGAGAACAAGGCAAGACAGCUUUAAGUAAUCGACAGCUUAAAGUAGUAAAGUUAUGUAUUGGUAUUAAUACUGACUUUUUAAAAAAUAUAGUAAAGUGGGAGGAUCCUAAAGUAGACCUGUAAAAUGGGUCUUAAAAAAACUUAAGAAAAAUAAAACACAGGGGAAGAUAAUCCAGAUCUACUGACGUUUUCCCUUAUCACCAGUGAUUCGUAAGUGAUUAAAGAAAGAAACAAAAGUGGUUUUGCUGAAUAUAAUGGAAAAAGAAAAAAAGUAUUGAAAAAAAAAGUUUGAGACUAGUCCAAAAUAAGCCUGGAUUAAAAGCUAGUAGAAUGAAAAUAUUACAUUCUUAAAUAUGAAAUAAGUGGGAAAUGAGAAGUUAUAACCAGUGAAAAGCAGUGAAAGUUAUAACCAGUGAAAAACUUUAGGGGCUAGGGCAAUCUUGUAUAAUUUUUUUUUUACAAGUUGGAAUUUGACCCUAAUAGACUUCUUGGUGCACUAUUUCAAGUGUUUAAAGACUAAGUAGUAUUUAUGUAUCAUGAAAUGUAAUAUGCUUCUAAUUGCAUUUUGAGGCAACUAUGGCCUCAGUACUAAAAAUCAAAACAUUUUUUAAAAGGUGUCCUCAACAAAGCAAAAUGCA